CAUAAUUCCUUCUAUCAACUGCAGGCAGCAUAGAGUCCUGGAUAAGGAACAUGCCGAUAAGGAGGACCGGGUGGGUGUUUCCUCGAACGGUUGGCACGCGGUCACCCCGGGCAACCGCGUGCUUUGUUUACGCCAACAUUAAAAAAAUCCAUCAUUUACUAGAAUCGGCAGUGAAAAAAUUUACUUUCCAAACAAAAAUGGAUAACCGAACGAAUUUAACGGUAAACGGUCAUUGCAAUGGAAUACCAAAGGAUCCACCGGCCGCGCCGGGUCCAAGCCCAAGUUCGGCUCAGCUGUUGGAGCGCCUGCUGAGCAAAUCGCAACCACCGAAGGAAAAUCGAUGGGAUCGAAUCCGACGGAAGCACCUGAACAACAUUACCGUCACGUCCAAGACGGUGAAGCGAUUUUUCAACAUGGAUUUCAUCGACGAAAAUCAGAUGCGGAUUUUGAACGGCGACGGCCAGCAACAGCGGACGGUCCUGAAUCCGGUGCUGGUGAUGGAUAUCAGGCAUGAGAUGAUCAAACGUAAACCGAAGGAGACACGCCGCAAAACGGCACCAGAUCCGGUUCGAGCGUACCAACAAGAAGUUCUGGACAACCACAACCGAUCUAUCGAGUCGACCCUAUUCGAAAACGAGCUGAACAAAUUUCGCAAAGAAGUCUCCCGGAAUGGAGCCAACGUGAAGAAGAACCUUGUCAGCGAACAGAAGAAAAGUUUUUUGCUAAUUGAUUUGCCCAAGAUCGACAACAGUUUCAUCUACGAGAGUUUGGAGGAAUGCGAAAAGUUUACUAACGAUUUUUAUGAAAGUGCAAUUCGUGGUACGGAUAGUUUCAUCGAAGAGCUACGUCAGGAGAAGCUGAUGAUGUUCAAGGAGCCGGCCACAAUCGAGGAAAUCAGAGAGGAAACGGAUGCUUUGCAGAAGAAGUAUCUUGGAAGGAACGGGGAAGAUGUUGAUAACGGCAUCGAUCAGAACGGGGAUAGUUUGGUGGAUGAAGAGGAAGAUGAGAAUAAGAUCGUUCGCUUCGGAGAUACGCAAGUGAUUACAUAUCCAGCCGAAGAAUCUUCGUUUUCAAUGGAUGGGUCGGAUUAUGAUUUUGAUGACAACGAGUUAUUCCUGGAGUCACUGGACUCUGACCUUGAUGAGUUUGACGAAACGGAAUUCUUAUCUACAGAGAGUGCUUCCGAACCGACCCAGGAUGAACCGGUGCAAACGGCUUUCCAUACUGAUUCUAGUGAUGAUUGUUUCACGGUAACUCGAAUUGAGGAUUCUGGUGGAUCGUCCAAAGAUGAUAGCGCUGAUUUCGGGAAGGUGAAACUCACCUACAAUUAUGAUGACCCAGAAGUCGUUGAAGAACCGAUCGUUCCACUAGAGGAAGGCGGCUUGAUACUGGUCAAGCGUUGCGAAAUGGAAGAGAAAGACUACAGCAAGCUGAGAGUCACGAACUAUCGCCCGGGAGAAACCCCUCCGAUUGAUGACAAAAUAGAAAUAUCGGAGGAGUCGCGGAAGGUGAUUAGCGCAGCACUAAAGGAAGGUUUCAUGCAAAACUACGAUCGGGCUCUUCUGAAGCAAUAUUUCUUCAAAUGGUUGCAGUUCACCAUUCUUGAGAAAAUCUCCAAGGGAGCCGGAGUUACAUCAACACGCGAGCAGAAAUUAAAAAGGAUUAACGAAUUCAUCAACAACAUUCGCGCCAAUAAGAAAAAGACUUCCAAACCUAACGCGACUGUUACACAGGUAACCACCGUCAAGAAAGACUACGAACACCGUUUGAAGGUCCAACAAGACAUCAUAGAACUGCAGAAGCUCAAACUGGAACGUCAAGAGCGUAUCAUUACCGAGCUAAAGCUAUCAAAGUUCUCCGAAGGUGCAAAGAUAUCCAAGAUGGAAAUACAAAGCGAACUACACAAGGCGAUGCGUACCGGGCACGUGCGGUUGCGCGCCAAAGCAAAGUGUAUCCAGAUAGUGGGCAAUAUGAAGAAUGACACCAGCGAAGAGGACGAAAUGCGCAAGUUGCAAGCGCAAGGACUGAUGAUACCGAAGUUCUUGGCGAAAAUGCAAGAAAGAGCGAUGGAGCGCAGUCAGCGACACGUGGAAGCCAAGGAACGACGGAUGCGUCUAGAGAAGGAACGUGAAGAGUCGAAAAUGGCAGCCGAAGAGGCCAAACGCUUGGAGGACGAGGAAGCCCGCAAGAAACGUUACCGGGAGAUGCGCGAAAAGCGAAAGCUGGAGAAACUGCAGAAGAUCAUUCGCGAACAGGAACGUCAGGCGUGGAUUGCAAACAACCAGAUAGCGAAGGAGUUCAGGCUGUUGAAGUUGAAACGGUUGGGAAUUUUAGCGUUUAAACUGUUGCUGGGAAUACGAAGGGACAACGAAAGACGUGCAAUGGUGGCGCGGAAGCGGUUCUACAAAAAGAAAUACUUCCGCAAGUGGUGGAAGCUAACCAACUCGGUGUGGGAGGACAAGAAGCUGAUGGCCGACGAGUUGGCGAACAGGAAGUUGAUGAGGCAUGGAAUGAACGGUUGGAAAGAGUACUGUCACGAACAACGCAAGAAAAUGCAAGUGGCUAUGGAUUGGUGGGAAGUUCGUCAGACGGAGAAGGUCAUUUCAGUGUGGAUAGGGCGUACCAAACAGUCGCUGCUGAUUCUACAGGGCAAGAUGUCUCAUGCUGCCGCACAUUAUGAAUGGCAACUCAAAUGGAAAGUGUUUGAACGUUGGCAACGGCUGCACAUUAUACUGAAAAUCGAGAAGGAGACGGAACAGCGCCGUCAGCGAUGGCGCAUGAAGAUCUGGGAACUGCUGCCAGAUUACAAACCAAUCGAGGAGGAAAUCUAAAAAGUCUGCACCUUUAUAUAAUUGCUCUGAAACUUGAGAUACGUUAUCUUCCGCAUAUUUGAAAAUUGAACUUUAAACGAUUUGAAUUUUUUGGUUAGUGUUGCAUACUAGCAAAACGCGUAACAUACGAAUUACAAACUAACAUACUAAAAUGAUUUAUUUACAAUACUAGUAUAUACACAUUAAAAUAAUACAUAAAAUGAAAUAUAAACAUUUACAAACGGACUGGACGAACUGUGCAAGUGGCCAUCUUGCAUGUUGACAACUGGCUUGAUUGUUGUCAACAUCUAUUGCGUCACUACAGUGACACUCCGGUUGUCACUGGUGAGCCCACAGUUGACUUGACGUAGACUGAUGUAAACUGUGGAGCGGAGCAGUGUUGCCAGGAUGUUUUUCCAUUGAUCCCAACAUCUCCGCCUUGAAUUGAUGAUGAUAAUUGUGUUGUGGAGAACAUUCUACGAAUCGGUCUUCACACGAAGAGCGUCGUGAAUGAUCGUUUAUGCUUGACCAACGUACUGAUGAUGCUGUUGGUCAGUGUUGUUCGUCUCUGGAUGAUAAUGAAACGCGUAGGCCCGGAACUUGUGUGGAAGCUGCUUGCAUGCCGUAUGAAUGAAUGAUGUUGCUUGAUGCUGAUGCAAACAUCAUGGCUGCUGAGUGCUUCUCACAGUGCUCCGGAUGACGUCACUGUAACGAACCCUUGAUGUGAUGGGUUCAGAGGACAUGACUUGAUUUGUCCUCAUGCACUUACAGCAACUAGUAGCACACUGUGUGAUGGGUGCAAUUGUUGACGGAUGGUGAUUGAUCCAGUCCCAAGUGUAGUGCUCUUUGAUAAGCCGUGAUUGGAUUUGAUGAUGGUGAAUCCGUAGGGAAAACUUUUGGAAAACUCCAUUUUACGACUUCUUCCCUUGCGUGGAUUUGUUUCCGGGGUCUUUAGGACCCACUUUCUCGUCGCCACUGUUGCAUACUAGCAAAACGCGUAACAUACGAAUUACAAACUAACAUACUAAAAUGAUUUAUUUACAAUACUAGUAUAUACACAUUAAAAUAAUACAUAAAAUGAAAUAUAAACAUUUACAAACGGACUGGACGAACUGUGCAAGUGGCCAUCUUGCAUGUUGACAACUGGCUUGAUUGUUGUCAACAUCUAUUGCGUCACUACAGUGACACUCCGGUUGUCACUGGUGAGCCCACAGUUGACUUGACGUAGACUGAUGUAAACUGUGGAGCGGAGCAGUGUUGCCAGGAUGUUUUUCCAUUGAUCCCAACAGUUAGGAAUAUUCAUCAUUCACUUAGAACCUUUGCACACAGACAAACAGACGUAACACUCUUCAAAACAGCUUGGCACAUGCAUUUAACGAUCAAUUCAAAUUUCAUUUGAUUUGCGCGAUUGUUCCACCAGAGGUGCUAGUGUUCGAUCGCUUUGACGUUUGCCAGUGUACACGUUGCUGAAUGAUGCAAACGAAAAUUACAGGCAAUUUGUGUAGUAGUGUGCGUGUUAGCAAAACGUCAAAUCGAAAUCCAUCAUGGCCGACAGUGUCGCGCGCGGUUCUACCAACAGGUGGCAGUGUGCUCAGAAAAAUGACACAGGACAAAAGUUUUUGAUGAAUUUCCUAUAAGAGUUACGUCUGUUUGUCUGUGUUUGCAGUUUACUCCCGGAAGCAGAUCACCAUUUAGUGGUUCAAAACAGUUAGAAUUGAUAUAACAGAGUGGACAAACAAGAAGUCUAUUAUACUACUAUAAGUCUGAUUUUACGUAGGUUGAACAUAGUAGAUUUUGGAAGUUUUAAAAACAUUUUUUCUUGAUGCAUUUGCAAUAAAAAUUAUAAAAACGUCAUAAGCAUCUGAUUUA